AUGAUUCGCCAAUUAUGUGGAAAGUCACACACUCCAGUUCGAUCACUGGGGGGAUUCCGUUUCCCGUCCCCCCGCCGCUGUGCCGUUGCUCUAAAACACAGUCCCGUGGGCUCGCCAUCUUUCCCCUGCCGUUCCUACCGAAGUCCCCUCCCCCCUUUCCCUUUGGGGGCGUUUACCGGCCCGGGGGGCCUUCCCUUUCGGGCCCUCCCCGCUCUCGCGUUCGUGCCCCGCACCACCCCCGUCUCGGGCGUGGCGAAGCGGUUUAAAAGCGGCCCACCCAACACCAAGGACGACAAGGAGGAGGGGGGGGUGCCACACCGGGAGGGUCCCGCGGAUGGAACCGCAACCCCCCCUUCUCAGCGUAACCCGACUGAGGGCUGUGACAAUGCGGACCAACGUCACACGGACGGGAGUCCUCACGGCGCUCCCUCGCACUCUGGGUUUGACGGGGGGGCGGGCCAUCCUUACGGCGAGGACGACUACGAGACGUACGCCCCCUCGCUGCGCGUGGCUCAGACACCCUCCGCUGUGGAGCUGCCGGAGUCGACUUUCUUGAAGUGCCUCGCGAAGGAGAUGGACGACGAGCGGCUGCGACUGGAGAAGGAUGAGGGGCCGCCGCCAGCCCCGACCGGAUGGGAGCUUUGCCACGUUGCUGGGACGUCGUUUAUCUACGGCCGCCGCCGCUGGGAGCCGCUGCGCGGGGUGGACGAGCCGACGGCCAGUGCAUGGCGCCGCGCCGACGAGGAUAGGCCCACUACGGUCCCAACGACUCCAAGAACGCGACGGCAACGGCACGCGGAGCGGCACUUUGUCCGCGUGCAGCUCACUACACGAGACCCCUCGCUCGACCCCGAGUGCGAUAUCCGCGGCGAGCACGUGCCUUUUUCUUUUUUUGUCCAGCGCAUUCCAUUCGAUGAGGAGAAGGAGGAGGGGGAUUACAACAGCCGCAAUGGCGAUCACCAAAGGGAUUUGGUACUAUCCACAGACAAAUCCUCCCCAGCUUCGUCGGCUUAUUCCUCAACAUUUAACGAGGAGGAUGAGCUUUCUAUAUAUCGCAAUAGCAUCGAGGUACGUCUAGACGUCAUUGAAGGUGAGCUUGUCGUGGAUAACCUCGUUUUCCACGGGGCUUACUCUGUCAAAGGAAAAGAAAAAGGAGGAGAUCAUGAUAAUAGCGACCCAGAUCAGGAAAAAGAUCUGCGGGUGAUGUAUAACAAUCCCUUUGGUGGCUAUUCAGGGCCUAAUCUUGACGAAGCCGAGGAUGAAGUUUUAGAUGGGAUUCAAGCCUGGCUGGCGGAGCGACAUAUCGACGAUCAAUUUGGUGAGUUUAUCGGUCAAUAUUCUGUGUGGAUUGAGCAAAUGGAGUACGAAAGAUGGCUCCAACAGUUCUAUGACUACGUGGCUGCGUGAGAAAGAAACGCUAAGUCUUUUUUUCCUUACCAUUAUUUGCUUUGGAGGGAAUAAAUAGAAUACAACAUUUUCUCAUUUAUAGUUAUACGUUUAGCACAGUAUUUGCAGUUUAAAAAACUGCAUGACGAGUGAGCAAGAAGAGGAAAAGAGAAGAAAGAAAAACAUGAUUAUGUUGAACAUGGCAGUGGGAAGCUUGAGAUUGAUAUAUUUUCAUUUAAUGAAAUUCUUAUCGUCUUAGUCCAGUAUGAAAACUAAAGGAAUGAAACAGAAAUACAUCCAAAGAUGGUGUUUCUCCACGUCAUUUGACAAUAAAAUUUUCAGUAGAA